AAUGGUAAUCAGUUGUGGCUUGUGGUAUCGCACUUCCUAUUAAAAUUAAUUAAAAGAAGAAAAUUAGUUGAAUACUAGAAAUGCAGAAAGGAUAGUGGGGACGGAGCAAAUGAUAACGGAAACAGUGCAACCCCAUCGUACACAAAAUUUGGGUUUAUGAGUUCAGUUAUAAUAAAUGAAUUUGGAAAAUUUGUACUUUCUAUACAAGAUUUAACGAUUCCACAGUACUUUAAUCCAAUUGAUGACGAAUGGAAACGAGAAAAAUGUAAUAGUUUGGGGUUUACAUAUAAAGAACCUGUGACUUCCCAACUAUUCACUGUUAAUGUGGUCCCCGUUGAUAUAUUGAACAAAAGGUAUUUUUUGUACAGAAUUUUAUCUGAUUUAAUAUGUAGAGAUGGUAGUUUACAUAGUAAACUACAAAAAAAAAUUUUAAUCAGUCUAACAAAAAAUCCAGUUAUGGAAGAAUUGUUUGUUACUAAAGAAAAGUUCAAUGACUAUUUAAAUAAACACGUGAUAAUUAAAGACUCAGAUAUGGAUGAAGGGGUUAAACAAUGUCCAGUUUGUUAUGAAGAUUCUACUGUAAUAUUAUGGAAUUGCAAACAUCAAAUGUGUCAAAAUUGUUCAGAAAAAAUGUUAGAAAGAAAACAAAUGAAGUGUCCACUUUGUAGAGAAAAAUUUUUUUCUUUUUCAGACAAGGAAUUGGGGGAUGUAAAAAGUACUUUUGUACCAAUAGAAUUAUUAGCUGCAGCUUAUUAUUUAGAUGUGUGUAUUCAAGUAUAUCUUAUAGAUUAUGGUUGGUUAUUGUUUCGUAAAGAGUGGCCAUUUUAUGAUGAACUUGAUAUGCAAAAUGAAAAAUGCAUUUAUUUAUAUAUGUCCAACACUCAUGUGGGCGUUAUUUCUGACGUGAUAAAUCAAUAAAUUUUUAUUCACUUCUAAUUAUCCAACUGGUAUUAUGUCAUUUUUAAUAUUUUUUGAUAAAAAAUAUUAGUAUUUGGCAACAGUUAAUAUAUCAGAGGAAAAAUAAUAGUAUAUAAUUUAAAAGUUAUAAAUAUUUUUGUCAGAGAGGGGCGUGAAACUCAUAGGAGAGUAUAAUAAUAUUUUAACAAAAAACGACGCACAAAAACAAUACCUAUUACAGAUUGUUUCAGAAUACCGGCGUUGUUUUUCUAAUUGCAAUAAAAGCACAUUAUGCCAAGAAUUUUAAAAAAGAUAAAUUAUUUAAAAUAUGUAAUACAUUUUUUUAGUACGUUUUUCUUUUGUAAAUAGUUACUGAUUGUAUAUAAAUUUGUAAGUUAACAUUAUUUUAGCUUCAAUGUAGAAAAUUAAAUUUAA